CAGAGCGAUUAUAACGAGAAAAGAGAGGGAGAGGGAGGAAGACAGAUUAAGCAGAUUGAACGCAACUGUUGUUUUAAUCCUCCGAGUGGAUAGAUUUAGAGGGAAAAACUCCUGGUUUGGAGAAGAGCAGCCAUAUUGCAUGGACCUUCGGUGGAAUAACACGACUCACCGGAGCAGGAAUACGCGGAGUUCAGGAGCCAACGAUCCGCUCAGCAGCCCGGCUGUCGCUACUCUGACCGCGCACUUUACCGUCUCAUUUGACUUUCUCCUAUUUAUUAUUUACUUGUUUUAUUUUUAAGAUAGUGUUAACCAAUAGAUUGAAAGAUGAAGGACCGACUGGAGCAACUAAAGGCGACAUGCGAUCAUGAUGAUGAUGAUGUUGAGAUCGCCGUGGACAACGCUGCCUUUAUGGAUGAGUUCUUCUCCCAGAUUGAAGACAUCAGGAACAGCAUUGAUAAGAUCGAUGAUAAUGUGGCUGAAGUGAAGAAAAUUUACUCAGUUAUUCUUUCUGCACCAACAUCAGACCAGAAAACGCAGGAUGAUUUGGAGUCGCUUACUAACGAUAUCAAGAAAAUGGCCAACAAUGCUCGUAACAAACUGAAGACCAUUGAAAGGAAUCUCGAGAUGGAAGAAGUGGAGAGAGUAUCGGCCGACUUGAGAAUACGCAAAUCACAGCACGCCGUACUUUCCAGGAAGUUUGUUGAUGUGAUGACCAAAUACAAUGAAGCUCAGGUGGACUUCAGAGAGAAAAGCAAAGGUCGCAUUCAGAGACAAUUAGAGAUCACUGGUAAAACCACAACUGAUGAGGAGCUGGAGGAGAUGCUGGAGGGAGGAAACACAGCCGUUUUCACAGCAGGGAUUGUGGAUUCAGGGAUCUCUAAACAAGCGCUGAGUGAGAUUGAAGCGCGUCACAAAGACAUUGUGCGUCUGGAGAGCAGCAUAAAGGAACUGCACGACAUGUUUGUGGACAUCGCCAUGCUGGUGGAGAGCCAGGGCGGUAUGAUUGAGAGGAUUGAGAACAACAUGGAUCAGUCAGUGGGUUUUGUGGAGCGGGCGGUUGCUGACACUAAAAAAGCCGCUAAAUAUCAGCAGGAGGCUCGACGUAAGAUGAUCAUACUGGGUGUGAUUGGUGCUGUGGUGCUCAUCAUCAUCCUCAUCGUCAUCCUCACACAGGUUCUAUGAAAACCUCUGUGGCUGCUCACAAACUCUCCAUUAUUACAGAUGAUCAUUUCCUCCACUCCUUUUCAUCCUCCCUGUUUUUCCUUGGAAGUACGUCAAGACAAAUGCUCCGCCCCCUGCACCUGUGGCCCCUCCCUUCAUCAGCACAAACCAAUGGGAAACUACUCUGCUGGAACCCGAGUGAUGGUCAAGGAAACAGACUGUGUUUUUUUUGUUGUAAGGACGUGAUGGGAAAUGUUUAAGGAACUUCUACUACAUGCAAGGAAUGGCGUUUGAAGGAAGCACAUUUUAAAUACAUGGACAAAUCCAUGAGCACAAAAUAAGGGACUUUUAUGAGAUUCACAAGGGGAAGUUAACCUCCAUUUUACGCCUUAAUGUUUUUAUUGUAUUGUGUGUUCAUAAGACACAUCAAUGUCUACAUCUACUGGAUGAGCUGCUGUUCUUGAUCAAAAGGGCUCAGAGACACAGAUGUGAUUUCAGCUUCUAUUUUGGAUCCCUGUGAAAUGAACACAAUAAGCUAAGCAUUGAUGGGUCGUCCAGAACGGAAGAAGCCCACACGAGUAGAUUUUUAUUGUGAUGAACGUCUGUAUGGGAAUUAACCUAAGGAAUAAAUUACAUUAUAUAUUUUCUAA